UUGCUGUACAUCCUUACAGAUUUCAUUGCACCCAUUUCUUGGAGAAUAGAGGACUCCGAAUACAUCGAUUUUUUCCCCCUUGUAUUUAUUUGAAUCCACGUACGUGGUUGGGUGAGAUCCAGGGAUCUGGAGGAUUUCUCUUAUACUGUGCCCACAUAUCCGCAAAGCUGUAUCCCAACAGUGGAUCUCUAGACUUUUCCCAUAUUAUGAUGCAGGGAGAUGGACGGAGGAGAAGAAACGAGAAUUAUUUUGACGAUCUACCACGAUCAAAACUCGAAAGACAGAUGGCUCAGAGUAAAUAUGAUUUUCAGACAGGAGAUUGGAGUGAACCGUCCAUUGCUCUACGAGCCCCAAAUGAAACCACUGGAUCCAUACCUUUCCAAUAUUGGCAGCACCAUCCAGAAAAGCUAAUCUUCCAAGCAUGUGACUAUAAAGCAUAUUAUUUAGGUUCAAUGCUGAUAAAAGAAUUAAGAGGGACAGAAUCAACGCAAGAUGCAUGUUCAAAAAUGAGGGUAUGUAUGAAGUCCACAGAACAAAUGAAAAAAGUACCGACUAUUAUACUUUCUGUUUCUUACAAAGGAGUCAAGUUUAUGGAUGCAGCAAAUAAGGGUAUUAUUGCUGAACAUGAAAUACGCAAUAUCUCCUGUGCUGCGCAGGAUCCAGAAGAUCUCUCGACAUUUGCAUAUAUCACAAAAGACUUGAAAUCUAACCUCCAUUAUUGCCAUGUUUUCACAGCAUUUGAUGUGAACUUAGCUUAUGAGAUCAUCUUAACGUUAGGCCAAGCAUUUGAAGUUGCAUAUCAACUUGCACUACAGGCCAGGAAAGGCGGCCACUCCUCAACGCUUCCAGAAAGUUUUGAUAGCAAGCCUACAAAGCCUAUCCCCAAACCCCGUGUUAGCAUUCGAAAGGCAACGAUAGAUCAACCUGAUCAAAAGACUCUCACCAAUAUGCCUUGGAUUGUAGAACCCGGACAAGAAAAAAGAGGAAUUAGCACCAAGUAUGAAACCACAAUCUUCUAAUGACAAUGAGUUCUCUCCUCCUUGGUGUGCCUUUGUACACUCUCUUUGAAGGAAUUUAGAUGCCAGCCUCUUUCUGCUACAGUAGGGAGGAGAGUAUAUAUGGAAUGAACUGUACAAUAUCAAGGAAUGACAUCAUUUUGAAACACUAACAAAGUACUGCCAAGUAAAGGAAUCUUAUAUUUUUAAUGUUUUUCUUUUUUUUUCUUUAUCCAAAUACUUUCUUUUUGUUCAGCCUUUUUAACUGGGGGCAAAAAGUAUCCAUGUGAUUUGUCACUCUAUUUACAAGCAUUAUGCAUUUGAUUUGUGGCAGUAACAUUAUAAACAAAGCAGAGAAUCUGUAUUUGAACUCGUAGGAUUUAAAAAGUAUAACCACAUAUUAAAGAAAAAGAAAUAUUGAACUUCAAAACUGCCAAGAAAUCAAUAAUUUAUAUGCACAAGUGCAUCUUUAUUUCUAAUUAUUGUAUGUGAUUUAAUUACGGAAAAUGUAUACAACAAUUUCUGAACGAACUGGUUUGCUUCAAUGUAAAGAGUUCUUUGUAAAAUAUUUUAUAGGCUGCUGAAGUUUAAGCCUUGUUACAAAAUUGUAAAAAUAUUCUAUUACUGUAUCCACUAAUAAGAAAUUAUUGUCAAUAAUAUGAUAAAAGCAUUGUUUUUUUGUAUGUUCCAUUCAUUGCCUAAUCAAAAGUAUUUUAUUAUAAUCUAUUUAUUAGUAAUGUACAUUUUAGCUACAGAGAAAGUUAAUUACAAGCUUGUUGGGGUGGAAAUCAAGUCUGAAGAAUACUUCCCUAUAAGAAACCAAAUCAAGCCAUAAGUAUUUGUGCCACAAAAACGUGUCUUAGAUAAAAAAAAUAUAGGGCUGGAAAAUAUCACUACUGAUAAAACUGGUAAGGGAUUGUUAACCUUUUUAUAACAUGGACAAAACAUGCUUUUUUUAUUGUCUUUAAUACUUUUUUAAAUAAAUAAAUUUACAAAGAAAAAACAA